UGGGGUGGCCAGUGUGAUAUCUGUCACUAUAUGGACUAUACAUCCGAUUAUAUUGAUUUUGAAAAGAGAGAUACAUUUUAUUUCGAGGAUUACAAUUUGCCAGCAUUUUUCAGUCCCGAACCGUUUUCAGUAUACAUUCUAAUUUUGUCGACUGUCAUUAUGACAACGGGCGCUGUCUACUUGUUCUUAAGGAAAUACAGUUUGGACGUAUACAUGAUGCAUCUGGUGUUGAUGUUAACUGCACAAUAUCGAUACAUCGCGAUAAAACUGACAUUAUUAUUUCAGAAACCACAAGACGACAAUAAAAACUUUCAAAAAAAGUGUCAUCCUAUGACAGAUCAAUGGGCGGAAAAGGAACUAAGAGCGUUAUGUCAGCAUCAAAACAAUGUUUUGUUCAUAUCAAUUAUGUUAAGGAAACUUCUGUCGGUGAACUUCAGUCUAUUGUAUCUUAAUAGUGUUUUCCGCUUCUGCUUUUUAGGUAUCUUAAUGACCACAAUACCAUCUUUAACAUUCAUGGAGGGAAUCUCGAUUCUUUCAUUCGCAGCUGGUUCAAUAAUGCAAUUCUUUCUGUUAUGUUCUUCCGUCCAGACAUUAUCAGACGCGAGUACGGAAGUGACGGAUAAAGCAUUUAAUGAAGGCUGGUAUCAACUUAAAUCAUCGAUACAACGUACAUUCAUAUUACUAAUAUUGGCUAAUAAUUUGGAAUGUAAAAUUGCGGCAAUUGAUAAGUUCAAUCUGUCUCUGCCCUCAUUUAUGGCGAUUAUGAAUCAAUCAUAUUCGAUUGCUCUUCUAUUUUUAAGAGCAAAUUGAAAUAAAAAAUACAUCGCGCUGGUAAACAGAAAAUAAGA